AUCGUUUAGUUCACGACAGGGCGGGAAGCAGCAUGGGUGUGGAUCAGGCGAACGGCGUGCCCAACUACUGUAGGCGACCUCCGCAGAGGCCUUUCCUCCAGAGGAUACAGUACGCGAUCUGGGACCCAGAGGAGAGAAAGUUCUUGGGGCGCACGCCGAAGCGGUGGGGUGUCAUCGGCCUCAUAUACUUAGUCAUGUACAUCUGUAUUGUGAUCUUUUUCUCCAUCUGCAUGUGCGGGCUGCUGGCCUCCGUGGACGAGCAUGUGCCUUACUUCACACUCGCUGAAUCUAUUAUUGGGAAUAACCCGGGCAUGGGACAUAGACCCAUAAUCUUCGAAGAGGGUGCUCUUAUAUGGUACAGGUUGGACAAUAAGACAACUUACAAGAAGUACACCGAUAACAUAGAGGAGUUCUUGGCACCGUACAAAAACAAAUCUCUACUAGUCAACCAAGGGCUGAACCAAAGAGACUGUCAAGACAAGAAGCCACCUGCAGGCGAUGUCUGCUCCUUCAACAUCUCGCAGCUGGGACCUUGUUCUGCUGAAAAUGACUAUGGAUAUGGGGAGGGAAAACCGUGUCUUAUAAUAAAGCUGAAUAAGAUAUACGACUGGAACCCCGUUUUCUACGACGACCCUGGUGAGCUGCCCCCGGACAUGCCACCUGACAUCGUAAACUAUAUUAACAGAACAACCACACCACAUGAGCGCCGUAAAGUUUGGUUGUCCUGCAUGGGAGAACGCCCGGCGGACGUGGAGGCACUAGGUCCCUUGCAGUACUGGCCCUACCCAGGUGUCUCUGAGGUCUACUUCCCUUACAACAACACACCGGGCUACUUAAGCCCUUUGGUUGCGGUGCAGUUAAUGAAUCCCUCCCCUAAUGUAAUUAUAAACAUUCGUUGCCGAGCCUGGGCGAAGAACAUCGAAUACACGCCUAGCCUGAAGGAGCGUCUUGGUUCAACCCACCUGGAGAUUAUGAUAGAUUGAGCACAUAUCAACGAACAAGCAUUUAAUUUAGUAUUUAUGUUGUAGGCGUUAAUGUUGUUGGUGUACGUGUUAGUAUGUUGUUGUGACUAGUAUGCGAAAUAAUAUGAUAAUGAAAAUGUAACAUUUUUUUUAAUAUAAUAUUUGUACGUACACUAGCCGUAGUAAAGUAGUACUUAAAGGAGGAAAGAAUCAUCAAAUUGUACUUAAUUUAAUUAUUGCUGAGGUUUUAUUAUAGCGUUAAAUCUUUUUCUGUCUCCACCCAAAAGAGGGAAUGCACCAAUUACCAACGUAAGUGGGAGCAGGAUAGAAAAUGCGUCUCAUUACGUAAAAUGAAAUUAUUGCCAAAACAAAAUAGCUUAAAUUGUAAAACAAAUAUACGCUUUACUAAGUGUUUGAAUGUCUAUAUUUCAUUUAAAAGUUUGAAUUGCAUUGCUAGUCAAUUAAGAACACUCAUGUCUAUAUAAAGAAAUCAAUGAUAAUUAUAUAAGGAGUUUUACUUGUCGAAUUAAAAUUGAUGUGCCUUAAAAAGUGUCUUAAUAAAAAUAUUUUGAUACAAUUUUAAAUAAAAAAUGUGAUUUAAUGAUUUCAAUAUUAGUUCUCGUAUUAUGAAGAGUUUAUCUAAUAGACAAAAAAUAUUCGCUGAAAAUGUAUUUUGUUACGUAUAGGAA